CUUGAAUCGCAACGGAUAUUUCAAGCCAGAUUUUCUCUACACAGGAUAUAAUUAACUAAAUGUCUUUACAAUUAAAUAAUAGUUUAUCAAUUAGUGUACUCCAAUAUAAGGAUUUUCAUUCUAAGCAUUUUCGUAGUUUAUUCGAAUAUUCGGCAACAUGUGGUUACAGUUAUCCGCUCUCUGUCUCCUGGCUAUUGGAGUACAGAGUCAUGCAGUUUCAUAUACCUCUCGUUCUGACGGCCACGGCCACCACGGACAUCAUGGUCACCAUGGGCGUCACGAUUAUGGGCAUGGGCUACCUUUACCCUAUCAUGGAAAUCCAUAUGCCCACUCGUAUGGGUACUACAAUCCGCUCUUAGCCUACGGUCAUGGAUAUGGAUACAACCUUAACCAACAUCACGGGCAUGGUCACCACGGACACCACAAUCGCCACGGUCACCACGAUCAUGGUCACGGCCACCACGGUCACCACGAUCAUCGUCACGGCCACGAUCAGGGAUACUAUGGCCAUCUUGGUUACGUAAGCCAUGGCCACGGCCACGACUUGGGUCUUGGACAUCUCGCUGGUGUCUACAACCAUGGACACAACUUGGACUAUAACCAUGGACACAAUCUGGGCUAUCACCAUGUACCACAACAUGGUUACUCCAGUGUAUCUGUAAACCACAAUGCAGUCCACCAUGCUCCGGUCCACCAUGCCCCAAUCGCCCAUGCCCCAAUCGCCCAUGCUCCAAUCGCCCACGCCCCAAUCGCCCAUGCCCCAAUCGCCCAUGCCCCAAUCGCCCAUGCCCCAAUCGCCCAUGCCCCAAUCCACCACGACGUAGGCCACCUUGGUUACCCUCACGCGCCUCUGCAUUCGAACUACGUUCACGGACACAAUGACCAUUACGCAUUCCCCGAAUACAACUUCGCCUACUCAGUACACGACCCCCACACGGGUGACAACAAGGCCCAGCAUGAGACACGUCAUGGAGACCACGUCACGGGUGAAUACCACCUCGUACAGCCCGAUGGCAACGUGCGUUAUGUUCAUUACAGUGCUGAUGACCACACUGGAUUCAAAGCUGAUGUCCACUACAAAACGGCUCAUGGGCAUUAUGAUCAUCAUCGACAUUAUGGCUACAACCAUUAAUCUCGACACCAAAUGCUUUUUAUAUGAUGUAACGUAUAAAUACGAUAUUGUUAAACCAAUGUACAUAUUUAUUAGUAACAAAUCGCAGAGGCUUAUAAAUAAAAGCAAACAAAAAUCAA